UACAGUAGACUCCACUAAUGGACUGAGCUGCACAUCAUGUACAUCUGCCUCUAUAAUGGCUUCCGCUGGUGGCAUCAGUCAGUCUUAAGUGCAAAGACCAGAGGACCCAAACACAACUCCAUCAAGCUCUUACUGAGUGAGUUCUGGAAAAACUCAGCAGUUUAUAAAUGACCCAUGGAGAUCCUGGAUUUUGAAACUAUAAAUGAUGUUGGACCAGACUUAUUACAUCGUGGAAAUCAGAUCUAACCUUUGACUUGCAGACCAAAGAGAAACCAAUUCAAGCUUGUGGAAGAUGGAGAAGCCCGGGGCUCUGCUUCUUGCUUGGUGUACCACACUGUAAAAAAUGGAGACAUCUGAAUUUACUGCAGCACCAGAGCUUAAUGAAACCCAACUUAAUGAGACACUGAGCCAUGGCCACCCCAUACAUCUGGCACCCGGCAUGCAAUUAGGGAGCAUGUCCAACCCGCAGUCACGUUUGCAAGACAUGAUGGGGCUUGUUGUCAUGGUGACACUUAAUGCGGUAGCGCUCUUGGCUAACAGUGGCGUUUUAGCAGUAGUAGUAAAAGCGCCCCAUCUCCGCAAGUUCAGUUUAGUCUGUCACCUGUGCAUUGUGGAUUUGUUAUGUGCCGCCCUGCUCAUGCCUCUUGGCAUUGUCUGUGGCUCGCCAUUCUUCGCUGGGGUCGUUUUUUCUGUAAUCGAAUGCAGGUUAUACGUAUUCCUGAAUGCCUUUUUAGUAUCUGCCUCGAUAUUCACAGUAACUGUAAUCAGUGUGGAACGCUACUUCUACAUUGUACAUCCCAUGCGGUAUGAGGCUAAGAUGACCCCUUGCUUAGCUGCUGCCAUGAUGGGACUGGUUUGGGUGGCGUCUACUCUGCUUGGGCUUGCUACUGUCUUUGGGUGGCCCAAUUACGGUAGCCGAAGCUCCAUUGCUGCCACUCACUGCUCUCUGCAUUGGAGCCACAGCGGACAUCGACGACUAUUUGCCAUCCUUUUCUGCGCCAUUUGCUUUUGCGUACCAGCAGCCAUCAUUCUUGCCGUCUACGCGAAUGUCUAUAAAGUUGCCCACUUGGCCGCCCGGGAAAGGGGGCCAAUCCCUAGCUGGACGAUGGCAACUUCUCACCCAAAGCGUAGGUCUGAUUCUGUCAACAGCCAGACUACAAUCAUAACCACAAGCACUAGCGUCCGCAGAAAUCAAGUUCCUCGCAGAAAGAAGAGAACUUUGGUUGGAGGGAAAGCGGCGCUUACUUUGGCCAUCAUCGUGGGACAGUUCCUUCUCUGCUGGCUGCCUUAUUUUGCCUUUCACUUGCAUUUGUCACUGGGUUUCUCACAUAGUACUUCAGAAGAAGCAGAAGUACCAGUAACUUGGCUAGCGUACUCAUCAUUCACAGUAAACCCGUUUUUUUACGGGCUGCUCAACCGCCAGAUCAGGGAAGAGUUGUGUAAGAUGCUCCUGUGUUGCCGAUCAAAUAGCAGGCCAGUGCGGCCCGCAGCGUCUGGCCAUGAACGCACAGGGCACGAAGACUUUUUUCAUUUCUUUCACAAAAGCACUGGUGGGGAAGGAACUAGAUGUGGCUACCACCACACGGCUACAACAAGGCUGGACCAAACCAGCUUUAGGAUACCAGGACAAAUACCAGAAGAGGUCACCUAA